UUGGGUUAGGCUGAAUUGCAGACCGUAGAAACCACUAUGUAGCUACUGUGCAAAUUUCUUCUUAUGAUCCGAUUCCAUUCCUGGUCAAAAUAGUAGGCUGGCUACGUGUGUUCAGCUAAUUUCACAUUUAAAACGGGGAUAUUUUCCAGCCAAUCGUUUUCAACGUAAUUGUGUUUCCAGUGAAGCAUAGUUGCUCAGUUGGCAGAAAGGGACAAGUAAAAAAAAAAAAAAAACCUUCCCGCCAUUGCCUCCAAUUUUGCUCGUUUCUUUCCUCCCGCUUUCAGUCCGCAAUUUGGAGGCCAGCUACUCUGGUCGCUAACAACUCGAAACACACCACGCGGUCAAGCCUCCUCGGAUUUUUCGGAGCAAAGUUACCAUGGAUUGCAGUUACUUGUCUUUUAAAGUUGAAUAAUGUUGGCUCUCGUCUCCACGCCCACAGAAACCAUGGGUGAUUGGGAAGAAGAGGGCACUGGGGCUACUGGCAGUUACCAAGCAAAUAACGCAAAUGGAGUGAGCUCAUGGAAUGGUGGUGGCUUUCAAAGCAAAGGCUUCAGGAAUCAAGAUGGCAAUGCUGAAAAUGGUUCCUGGAAUGGGAGAGGAGGUGAUUUUGGAGGGAGCGGGAGAGGCGGUGGGUCCAGGGGAGGGGGAGGAUUCAGGAACGGCACUUCAGCUGGGGGAAACUCUUGGAGUGGUGUGGAUGCCCCAAGAUUUGGUGGAAGAGGAAGGGGCCGAGGGGGAUCUGGGGCCAGACGAGGUGGAGGAGGAUUUGGGAGCUCCUAUUCAGGAUUUGAUGACGAUGAAGCAGGAGGAUUCAGAAGUGACUCUGGAGGAAGAGGUGGCCAGGGUGGGAGAGGAGGGAGCCGCGGUGGUUCCCGUCAAGACUCAGCCCAGGAAGGCAGAGGCGGUGGAGAAAAUGCAGGUCCCAAGGUGGUCUACGUGCCUCCCCCUCCCCCAGAGGAGGAGCACUCCAUAUUUGCUCACUACGCAUCUGGGAUCAACUUCAAUAACUACGACAACAUCCUGGUGGAUGUGAGCGGCGACAACCCUCCAAAGGCCAUAAUGACAUUUGAAGAAGCAGGACUCUGUGAAACCUUGAGCCGGAACGUAAACAAGUCGGGCUAUGUGAAGCCCACGCCUGUGCAGAAACAUGGCAUCCCCAUCAUCGCUGCAGGGCGUGACCUGAUGGCGUGCGCGCAGACGGGUUCUGGGAAAACGGCAGCCUUUCUCCUUCCCAUCCUGCAGCAGCUGAUGGCCGGUGGAGUGGCAGCCAGCCGCUUCAGCGAGGUCCAGGAGCCCGAGGCCAUCAUCGUGGCUCCCACCAGGGAGCUCAUCAACCAGAUCUACCUGGAGGCCCGGAAGUUUUCCUUUGGGACGUGCGUACGCACUGUGGUCGUGUACGGAGGCAUAAGCACUGGCUACACAAUCCGGGAGGUUCUGAAGGGCUGCAACGUGCUGUGUGGGACUCCUGGGAGGCUGUUGGAUAUUAUUGGACGAGGAAAGGUGGGUCUGAGCAAGCUGCGGUACCUGGUGCUGGACGAGGCGGACCGCAUGCUGGACAUGGGCUUUGAGCCAGACAUGCGUAGGCUGGUGGGUUCCCCCGGCAUGCCCCCCAAAGAGGAGCGCAUGACCCUGAUGUUCAGCGCCACCUACCCCGAAGACAUCCAGAGGAUGGCUGCAGACUUCCUCAAGACGGACUACCUGUUCCUGGCUGUGGGGCAAGUGGGCGGAGCCUGCAGCGAUGUGGAGCAGAAUGUGACUGAAGUGACCCAGUUCUCCAAGAGGGACUUGCUGAUGGAGUUCCUGAGAACAACGGGCUCAGAACGCACAAUGGUCUUUGUGGAAACCAAAAGGAAAGCAGAUUUUAUUGCAACUUUCUUGUGCCAGGAGAACGUACCCACCACAAGUAUCCAUGGUGACCGAGAACAGCGGGAAAGGGAGCAGGCUCUGGCAGACUUCCGCACCGGGAAAUGCCCUGUCCUGGUGGCCACCUCGGUUGCCGCCAGAGGCCUGGACAUUGAGCACGUCCAGCACGUGGUGAACUUUGACCUCCCCUCCAGCAUCGACGAAUACGUGCAUCGCAUUGGGAGAACGGGACGAUGUGGGAACACGGGGAAAGCAAUGUCCUUCUUCGACCCCGAGGCCGACACCCCACUGGCCCGCUCUCUGGUCAAAGUCCUCGCAGGGGCUCAGCAGGAAGUACCCCCAUGGCUGGAGGAAAUCGCUGGUGGCGCUCAUGGCACCACGGGGUUCAAUCCUCGUGGGAAGGUGUUCGCCUCAACAGACACUCGCAAAGGUGGAGCCUUCCAGAGGGAGAAUGGGAGGCAGGCAGCUGUCCACAGUCAGGCAGUAGAUGAAGAUGAUUGGGAAUAAAUUAUCUUUUCCCUUUCUUUUUCUUUUCUUUUUCCUUUUUUUAACCUUGCUCAAUAUAUUUUUUGAGUUUUUGAAAUUGGGUCCUUGGGUUGGAUACCUGUUUUCUGUUUUAAUUUUUUUUUAUGUUUGGAUGAAGUGAGCAAAAUUUGCAUUUCAGUAACUGAUAUUUUUCUUACAACUGUUGUAUGGUAGUUACUUUUGCCUUGACCUGUGUUCUACAGUGUCACCAAUUCAUGUGAAGGAUUUUGCCAAACUGGAAACUAGUUUCACAAAUCAAUGUAAUGGGUAUUAAUCAAGUAUCGGGCUCUUGUGGUUUUCUUUCACUCCCUUUGAAUCACAUAAGCAAUCACUGGUGUACUCCUCCUGUUUGGAUAUUAAGUCAAGAAUAUUCUUUUCAGUGUGUGGUUAAAUGCGUGGUUAAGAUUUGGCACAAUGGUAGGCUUUUAAGUAGUUGGGUGCUGAAUUGGCCCUUUACCGUUUAUAAAACCCAGGAUACGUUUGAUUUGCUACAAAAAGGCAGCGCUGCCUUCUAGAUGAAAAGUUCUGUUCACUUACAGCAUUCAGAAUUGACCUUAUGUUUGCAGGUUAUGUUGCUUAAGCAAAAUAUUUUGUAAAUGCCUAAGUUGAAAACUUGGGAAAUGAGGAUGUUUGGCAUACUUUUGAGAAAUGUGCUGAACUGA